UAUCAAGAACGACAUCAUUUAUCUUUUUCUUUUUGCUUUUGUUGUGUCCGAAAGUCUAAAACAAACGAUGACCCGUGGCUUGUUUGUCGAUGCCACUGGUGUUCUUCUGAGUCUAGAUAGAUAGAGAAGGACUGGAAGUCACCAAGAAAAGGGUCUUAUCUGGUUUCUUGAUAGCCUUUUUGGUUUUGUAUUGAGAAUUCACUUCGUUCAGAGAGGAGAGAGCCUGUGAGAGUAGUGAUCGGAGAUGGCGACGGCCUUUGCAGGGACGCAGCAGAAGUGCAAGGCCUGUGACAAGACCGUGUAUCUAGUAGAUCAGCUCACUGCUGACAACAAGGUCUUCCACAAGGCCUGCUUCAGAUGCCACCAUUGCAAGGGCACUCUGAAGUUGAGUAACUAUUGCUCCUUUGAGGGUGUUCUAUAUUGCAAGCCACAUUUCAAUCAGCUCUUUAAGAUGACUGGGAGCUUGGAUAAAAGUUUUGAAGGCACUCCAAAAACUGUCAAUAGAUCUUCUGAGCAGGGCCAAAGUAAUGCCAAAGUCUCGAGUAUGUUUGCCGGAACUCAGGACAAGUGUGUUGCUUGCAAGAAGACUGUUUAUCCCAUCGAAAAGGUGGCUGUUGAUGGCACGUCAUAUCACAAAGCAUGCUUCAGGUGUACUCACGGCGGUUGCGUAAUCAGUCCAUCGAACUAUGUAGCCCACGAGCACCGUCUCUACUGCAGGCACCACCACAAUCAGCUAUUCAAGGAGAAAGGAAACUUCAGUCAGCUCGACAGCCAUGAAGAAACAACAGCCUAAAGAGUAUUUAGGGGCAGAGUAGUCAUACUUUGACAGUCCAGUCAAUGCAGUUAUCGGUCUCCUUUGACAAAAACCAUGGAUUAUCAGCAAGAUGCGGAUUCGGUUCUAAGGCAUAAAAAAAGUUAAGUGUUGAUUUUCUAUUUUAUGGAGACAACUAAGUUUGUUUUACAUUUUAAGCGUGCAAUCUGAAUGGCUAACCACUAGAGACUUGCUGCUCAGUUUCUCGAGUGAACAUGGUAAAACAAAUUUUCGUGUGAUUUUGUUCUUGUGGGUUUUACGUGGAAAUUGGAAAGAACGGAGACAUAUCCUUGUACUCAAGAUGGUUGUCUAUUUCUUGUUUCUAUUUUCCGAUCUUCUCCA